AUGGUCUCGGAUUACGCGGCCCCCCCUCCACUACCAGCAGACGGCGGCAAUAACGGGGUUCCUGCCACCAGCAACAUCGUCGGAGAGACUAAGAUGAUUGGCACCAUCAGGACGACGACGGUAUCAGCUUGGGGCCUGUCGAUCGGAUACAAGCUGCGGUCCGACUGCUGGGGCAAAGGAUACGCCACACGCGCGAUCACGGCGUUUCUGGAGAUGUACUGGAGCCAGCGUAGGUUGGCUCCGAGGAGGGAGGCGGCUGUUGUCACCGAGGUGGCGGCGUCAGCAGCAGAAGGCCAGAGGAGACAGGGAGAUGAUGGUGCCCAUGCCUCCUCUGCUGGAGAUCUGGAUCAAAGGUUGCAGACCAAAGAGAAUGGGGCUACGGCAGCUACGAAAGAUGCAGAGAGCGACGAUGACGACGGGGAUCAAGUCGAGAUCACGCAUCUCAUUGCGCAGGUUGACCUGGAGAACGUGGGCAGCAUGAGAGUCUGUGAAAAGUGCGGCGGGAGGCUUGUCGCCGUCGAAAAGGAGUGCAUCAAGGUGUGGCGGUUUGCCGAGAUGAGGGAUAUGGCUGUGUGGAGGUUUGACAAACCUUCUGACAGCUUGCCGAGUCAAGCUUGA